GAUAUCCUGUUAUCUUAAUGAUUAAUUGUUGCUGCCUGUGUUAGAUAAUAAAGUUUUCAAAUAACGCAUCUUAAGUUGGAGAAAAUGAAGAGUGUCAUCUUUUUAGCGUUUUUCUGUGGCAUUGCCCUAUCUUUGGCUUCAGUACAACCAAAGCCAAAAGAUGAGACAGUUUGUUCUAUGUGUCGUUUGGUAAUGGCUCUGCUGACUGAUGCCAUCUCCAAUCCAGAAAAUGAGCAAGAUGUUAUUGAUUUCGUCUACUCGUUAUGUCCCAUUGUGAUGCCCAAUAACACCGUGGAAUGUGAGUAUAUGAUCUCCACUUAUGGGGACGACCUACUUCAUUUCAUUGUGGAUAUGGAGCUCUCAGCGGAGGAUAUUUGCACGACUCUCACUGCUUGUCCUUAGAAGAAUAAAACUACAUAGUGGAUUUUGUGUGAAGCGUCGAAUACGUCAAUAUAAUCCCAAGUCAAGAUUUAAACUUUUUGCCUACAAUUCUUCCCGAGUUGUUGAUCUCAGAAUCAACAAACUUCGGCAUUUGUUUAUCUUAAGAGUGGUUGUUAAUGUUGCUGAGUGAAUUUAUUUCCUUAUUUCAUCUUAA